UUUCUGUUUUUGUUUGUUUGUUUGUCUGGGGGUAAUGUGCACCUUGUCCUGUAGGAGGAGCCCCCGCUCCGCCUCCAGCAGCAGCGCAUCGUAAUUUUUAACGAGCCCCCUUUUCUUUUUUUCUUUUUUUCCUGCUUUCCUCCCUCGUGGGAGUCAAACUGCUAUUCCCAGAUUCAGGAGCCGGACUGGAGCCGCUGCGGCCGGAGAAGAGGACGCUGAAAGCUGCUGCAGGGAUCCGGAUUCCGGGGAGAAGAGGAGAAGGCGACGCCGGCGCGCGCGUGGAGGACGCACGUUUGCGUCAGGAAAAGAGCGCUGCAGCGCCACGCCGCAGGGCACGGACUCAGACGUUUUGAGGUGACCUCUUCUGGCUGUCUGGAGCUGCGUGAACGGCGACACGAUGCUGUCGGCUCUGCUCAUCAUCUGCUCCUGUCUCAGUGUGAGGAGUUCAGGGAAGCCGAUGUUUCCUGAAAAUGAGAAAAGUCCGGCUUUCUGGAACAACGGGGCUCAGAAGACCCUGAAGGAGGCUCUGAGCACGCAGGAGCUGAACAAGAACAAAGCAAAGAACCUCAUCCUUUUCCUCGGGGACGGGAUGGGCGUUCCCACGGUGACCGCUGCUCGGAUCCUGAAGGGUCAGCUGAACGGACAGAGCGGAGAAGAGUACCAGCUGGAGAUGGACAAGUUCCCGUUUGUGUCAUUGUCCAAGACAUACAACACAGACGCACAGGUACCCGACAGCGCGGGAACGGCCACAGCUUACCUGUGUGGGGUAAAAGCCAACGAGGGCACGGUGGGUGUGAGCGCCGCCGCCGUCCGGUCUCAGUGCAACACCACGAAGGGCAACGAAGUCACCUCCAUCCUAAAAUGGGCCAAAGAUGCAGGAAAGUCUGUGGGAAUAGUGACGACAACACGUAUUAACCACGCAACUCCGAGCGCUGCCUACGCUCACAGCGUCGACAGGGACUGGUACUCCGACAACGAGAUGCCUAGUGAAGCUCUGCAGGCCGGCUGCAAGGACAUCGCCAGACAGCUCUUUGAAAACAUCCCAAACAUUGAUGUGAUCAUGGGGGGAGGAAGGAAAUAUAUGUUCCCCAAAAACAUGUCGGAUGUAGAUUAUCCUGGUGUGGCGAAGUACAAUGGCGUACGAAACGACGGGAGGAACUUAGUGCAGGAGUGGAUUGACAGGAUGAAAGACCAGGGAGGCCAUUAUGUGUGGAACAAGCAACAGCUUCUCUCCCUGAAUCCUAAGAAGACUAGUUACUUACUGGGUCUUUUUGGACCUGUGGAUCUGCCUUAUGACUUGGAGAGGAAUGCCGACUCAGAUCCUUCGUUGACACAGAUGGUAGAAGUUGCCAUCAAGGUACUUCAGAACAAUCCCAAGGGGUUUUACCUGCUCGUAGAAGGCGGACGCAUUGACCAUGGACACCACGAGGGCAAAGCCAAGCAGGCUCUUUAUGAGGCGGUGGAAAUGGACCGGGCUAUUGGCCGUGCCGACCUCCUGACCUCCGCCCAAGAUACACUGACGGUGGUCACCGCUGACCAUUCCCACGUGUUUACCUUUGGAGGCUACACCAGAAGAGGAAAUACGAUAUUUGGUCUUGCCCCCAUGGUCAGUGAUGUGGAUCAUAAGCCUUUCACGUCCAUCUUGUAUGGGAACGGACCCGGUUACAAACUUGUGGGCGGUGCAAGAGAGAACGUUUCCACCGUUGACUUUGCGGAAAACAACUACAAGGCCCAAUCCGCCGUCCCUUUGACCUCCGAGACUCAUGGGGGGGAGGACGUGGCUGUGUUUGCUAAGGGGCCGCUGGCUCACCUGCUGCAUGGAGUCCAUGAGCAGAACUUCAUCCCACACGUGAUGGCGUACGCAGCUUGUAUCGGGCAGAACCGGGGGCACUGUCCGUCCGGGGGGACGGCAGCCUUGAGGCCCGUUUUCUCCAGCAUGGCCGCCGUUCUGACAGUAACCCUGCUUCUAUGCUGACCUUUAUUCUGAUGGUUGAAACACUUAUAGCGUGACUGUAGCUGUCUCACAAAAGCAACAAGCCAUACGGCCUAGAGGGUAGAGGUUUUUAAAUAAACAAUCCACAUUAUUUAAAAUGAUUUUUUUAACUAAAUAUGCAAUUGCUACAAGCCAACAUUUUUUUUAUAGUUAUUCAGAAAAUUCAGAUUUCCAAAUUUCUUAUGCAACAAUGAGGAAAUGUGAUUCUUUCAUGGCUUUCUGACGAAGGUCAGAAAUGUUUUCUAUUUUCAUUCUAUUUUGUUCGUUUUUAUUUAACUUAUCAGACAUUUCAAUCACCAGACAAAAAGAAAACCUGUGACAUUUAACCACAAUGACAUUUUGGAUGAUUUUAAAGCCACACCUGAGGCAAAUGUUGACCGACUGAGGAAACGGUUUUUACUACCUGUGGUCCAUUUCAGCUGCUCGAGUCGCAAAAGAUCCGUCUUCAAAAACCCCAAAUGAGGAAAGAAGAAGAAUGAAGACAGACAUGUGUGACACCCCCACUUUUGUUGUGCUUUUUAUUUAAAUGGCUUGUUGGAUGAAGGUUUUCUUUCCGUGGUAAAUGACACACAAAGAUCCAAAAACACAAUGAGGCCACACUCCGCCACAGCAAAUUCUGCACCACGGUUCAACAUGGUUAUCUUAAACUAGCAAUAGCCAACCCCCCCAAACCAGAUUCAUCUUGAUAUUUUAGACUUGCACGCAAAAAAACAUCUAUGCAGAAAGCACUCGUUUAAAAAAUGUUGUUUCAGGUAAUUUGCUGUGAAAAUUUUCUUUGCUUAAAAAGAGAUCAUAAAAUAUUUGAAGCUUCAAAAGUUCCGUUUUUGUUUUUAAAUCUACCUCACAGUCAUCCUCACAGGGAUCUGUCUUUUCUAAAGACAGUCUGUCACAAAAUUGACUGAUGGGUUACAUAAAAACUAGUUUUUGUUUUGACCUUUUUCGUACCCAAAGUAGAUGUUAAAGCCUGAUGUUUUACCCACAAAUUAAUGUUGUUAUGUCCUGUAACCAAUAAAUGACAGUUUUCUGAUUGUCCACA